CACGAGCCAAGCGCAGUGGUGCAACCGACUUUAAUUGUUCAACACACACGUUUUUUAUUUAUACUAUUUCUAAAUUUUGAAGUUUUACGUAAUCCGUCCAUCUUUUGUUUUAUUGAUAAAAUGCGACCGUUUAUUUCUAGUGUUAUAUUGAGCGUGUUGAUUUUCUACGUGCGGAACGGCGAAACGAAAUUGGCGCCCGACUUUAUACGUCCUUGCAACAAUACCAGUAGCGAAUGCCUGGUAAAAGCAACUCAAGAUGCUAUCCCAGAAUUUGUGAAAGGAUUACCUGAUCUUGGAGUGCCACCCUUGGAUCCCUUCACCAUAGACAAACUGUCCAUACCAUUAAACGGACUGAAAGUUACAUUCUACAAGGGGAAAGUGUCUGGAUUCCGUAAAUGCAUUGUGGAUAACAUUAUUUCUGAGUUGGAGAAUCGCCUGUUCGUGUUGCAGUUCCACUGUAAUCUUACUAUCAAGGGUCGAUAUGAUGCUGUUGGGAAAAUAUUGCUGUUUCCUAUUAAUGGAGAAGGAGAUGCCAAGAUCAAAUUAACUAACCUUAGAAUGAAAGUGGAUAUCAAUACAAAAUAUGUCAAAGACAAAAAUGGCGUCGAUCAUUUCGGUGUGAAAAGUUACAAGUACACAUUCGACUACGGCGACAAGGUCACGUUUGAUCUACAAAACCUAUUCAAGGAAAGCAAGCAACUUAGUGAUACAGUAUUGGCGUUCCUAAAUGAUAACUGGAAGACUGUAGCCGAAGAGUUCGGUAAACCAAUAGUGGACUACGCAGUCGAUCUUGCUAUAAGGACCAUAGAGAAGUUCUUUGUUGCAGUUCCUUACUCAGAAUUAGUAUAUGUUCCAAUUCCAAAAUACUAAUAUGUGUGUAUACUAGGUUAUUUAUUGUUAAUAGAGAUUUUUGUAUUUUCUUCCUGUUUUUUUAUUUUAUUCAAAUCCUGAUUAGAGUAUAAACCUGUGAUUUUUUUUG